AUGGCCAACUUCAAGUAUAUCCACAAACUCCGCAACGCGCGCAUUGUCAUAUUUGGGGCCACUUCAGGAUUUGGCUUCGCUGUUGCAGAGGCUGCUAUUGAACAUGGUGCCAAUGUCAUCUUAUGCGGCUCUAAUCAGCAGCGACUCGACGGGGCUACAAAGCGACUCGAGGCCUCAUACUCUGAGUGUACUCGAGGUCAAAUCACAACAGCUGUUUGUGAUCUCGCUGAUGUGGACAAUCUGGAAGCCCAACUUCAGGACAUGUUCAACACCAUCACCGAUAAUGCCGUAUCCAAGAUAGAUCACAUUGUUUUCACUGCCGACGACUCCCAUGCAGCUCCGCCUGUGUCCAAGACUACACCCAACGACAUUUAUCUUUCAUUGCGAUUGCGAGUGUACUCGUCCACCAUCUUGGCCAAAGUUGUGGCGGCAAACGACUUUCUUCAGCACUCGCCGGAUGCAUCAGUCACGCUUACAAACGGGGUAAACGGCCACAAACCGGUAAAGGGCUGGGUCGUCCCUGGCAUGGCCUCUACGGCCCUGGAAGGAUUAGUACGUGGUUUGGCUGUUGACCUCGCUCCUGUGCGCGUCAAUCUGGUUUCCGCUGGACCCGUGGCCACUGAACUGCUUGCCAAGUUGCCACAGGAGUAUAUUGACAUGUAUGAAGCGGAAACUCUUACCAAGAGGCUGGGUCGUCCGGAAGAUGUCGCCGAGGCCUACUUGUACGCGAUGAAGGACGGGUCUGCGACCGGCUCUAUUAUCUUCUCCGACGGAGGCAGGAGGCUGGUUUAG